AUGAUUUGCUUGACAGAUUUCUCGGUUUCGGAUACGACGCCGUUUUCCUGCUCCUCCCCCUCUCCCCGCUUACUUCCUUCCCCAUCAAUCACUCUCGGUUUCUUGAACACUUCAGGUGUUGAAUUUUCAGCUACAGGGAGUGUCCAGAUUCGUGAUUACUCGGGAAAUUCAGGAGUGCCGCAAUUGAAGGAAACCCCUUGUUUUUUUUGUUCUCUGAGCUCAAGGGGCGUGACUACCUGCAUACAAAUUAUUCUGGUGCCAGAAACCAGAUUUGAUCAGCAGAAGCUAAUUUUGAUGGCAGACCUUAAGGAGCGCCUGCUCCCACCCAGACCUGCAUCAGCGGUGAAUAUCAGAGAUCUGUCGUAUAGACCGUCUGCCUCUGGCCGACAACCAUUUCAAGGAGUGGAUGUUUCAGGCCUGAAAAAGCGUGGGCAAGGCCUUCGGUCGUGGAUACGUGUUGAUGCAUCUGGGAAUUCUCAAGUGAUCGAGGUUGACAAGUUCACUAUGAUGCGUCGGUGUGAUCUUCCUGCACGGGAUCUACGUUUACUUGACCCGCUGUUUGUUUACCCCUCCACUAUUCUUGGAAGAGAGAAGGCAAUUGUUGUCAAUCUUGAACAGAUUCGAUGUAUCAUCACUGCUGAUGAGGUUUGGCUCUUAAAUUCUCUUGAUAGCUAUGUCCUCCAGUAUGUCGUGGAGCUGCAGCGGCGAUUGCAAGCUUCAGGAGUAGGUGAAGUUUGGCAAUCAGAUGGUGCUGAAUUGAACAAAAGGAGAGGAAGUAGAAAUUUUGAUAAUAUAUUUGGGAACGCAUCACCUGAUUACUUGCCAUUUGAGUUCAGAGCUCUUGAAGUUGCUCUGGAGGCUGCCUGUACAUUUCUGGAUUCUCAGGCUGCAGAAUUAGAGAUUGAAGCUUAUCCAUUGUUGGAUGAACUCACGUCAAAGAUCAGUACACUGAACUUGGAACGAGUUCGUCGAUUGAAAAGCAGACUUGUUGCGCUUACUAGGAGAGUUCAGAAGGUUAGAGAUGAGAUAGAACAGCUAAUGGAUGACGAUGGAGAUAUGGCUGAAAUGUAUCUUACUGAGAAGAAAAGUCGAAUGGAAUCAUCAUUUUAUGGUGAUCAAUCUUUGAUGGGAUGCCAAUCUAAUGAUGGCGUAGUUUCUUUUUCGGCUCCAGUUUCUCCUGUUUCUUCACCCCCCAACAGCAGGAAGCUCGAGAAGAGUCUGAGCAUCGCCCGGAGCAGGCAUGAAAGUAUGCGGAGCUCGGAGAGUGUCAAAGAGAGUGUAGAAGAGCUUGAAAUGUUGUUAGAGGCCUACUUUGUUGUCAUUGACAGCACCCUCAAUAAAUUGACUUCGCUGAAGGAGUACAUUGAUGAUACAGAGGACUUCAUCAACAUUCAGCUGGAUAACGUUCGUAACCAGCUGAUACAGUUUGAGCUUUUACUUACUACUGCAACAUUUGUUGUUGCAAUAUUUGGCGUAGUUGCUGGGAUAUUUGGUAUGAACUUUGCAAUACCAAUGUUUGAUUAUCCAGGAGCAUUCAAAUGGGUUCUGAUUAUCACUGGAGUCACUGGAAUUGUCAUAUUUUUCUCAUUUUUAUGGUAUUUCAAGUAUAGAAGAUUGAUGCCACUAUAG